AUGGCCACAUUGGUGGCGGCGGAUUUCACCGAUACGAUCGACUCGACCAAGUCGUGGGUCCAGCUGCGCGUGUUCGACCAUGAGGGCGAGUCGUACUUGACGCCUCGGAUCCCGGUCUCGAGUGACACGGCAAACUUGGGUGGUGCUGCGUUCACCAAAGCGUUCCAGGCGCUGCCCAACAAGGCCAUUUCGAGUAUCUCGUGCACGUCGAAGGUCAUCGACGCGGUUCCGGACACGACGCUUGAAGAUGGCUUCUACGUGACGUGCCAAUACACCGAUAACCCGGGCCCGCAUCGCUUGCCCGAGGUUGUCGCGUCGGCGUUUGCGAGCAGCGGCGCCGCCCCCACAGCGUCCCGCGCCUACGUGACGGCCGACAUCCGCCGCGGUGAGAGCGUCGACUAUUGUGCGACGGCAUUGAGCAACACCUACACCUCUGGGGCUGACUCGACGACGAUCACGGUCUCAGGCUCGACCGUCGGCAUCACUGUCCCGUCGAUGAUCAAAAUCAAGGACCAGCUUUUGAUUGUGACGGCGUUGGCGUCGGCGUCGACGUUGACGAACGCGUGGGCCCUGCCAGCAGCGACGGCAACGGCGAUCGCGGGCGGAGCGACAAUGUAUACCGCGUCAGGCGUCACGGUCACGGCCGACGUGUGUAAGAUCAUAGCAUGGACGGUCGGCUCCAAUUCAUUUUCGUGCGCGACCGACGCCCAAGUGCCAACCGCCGUCGUCGGCAGCAAGAUCUUCUACCAAAACGCCAUCUACUACGUCCGGGCCAUCGUGCCUGCGGUAACGGGGACGCCGGCGCUCAUUACGGUCGACCGCAAGUUUGGGGGCAAGUCUGCCGACGGGUCGGAUUGCUUCAAGGGCUACACCAACGACAACUGCGACACGCAAAACAUCCUUGCGUUUUAA